AUGGCUCCAACGAAAACCAGCAAGGUCUCUCCAGCUUCAAAAUCUUCUAUCCGGAAAAAUGCCGCGCCUGGUGUUGGAGCACCCUCCCAACUAGCUCAAUCGAGCCGUAAGGGCAAAAAGGCAUGGCGAAAAAACAUUGACAUACAGCCAGUGGAACAGGGUCUAGAGAGUCUGCGCUCAGAGGAGCGAGUUAUCGGUUCCACACUACAGAAACAGACAGACGAUCAAUUAUUCGUUGUGGACACCAAAGGAGAUGAUAGAGUCCGCAAGUCGUUGCCGCGGUACUCUAAGGCCGAGUUGACUUCCACGAAGAUACUUUCUCAACGAUCUGCCAUUCCUGCCGUGUUUUCUCGCCCAACAAAAGAUUCCGCAUCAUCACGAUCAAAAGUCAGCAGGGCUGACAAGGAACGCCUUCUUCGCAUCGCAAAGCGGCCCAGGAAGGGUCCAUUCAAUGCGGUCAUGGACCACACAGAGUUCGGUGCGGGGAGUGCUUUAAUUGAUGUUAGUGCUGCUGUGAAACACAGUGGCUCCUAUGAUCCAUGGAUUGCCGAGGAGAUGGAAGAGCUGGCUGAUGGAUUAGAGCAUACGAAGAAACCUAAGAUCAAGCGUCCAGAUUUAUCUCACCCCCGCGAUGUCAUAGAAGUUCCUGCUGUAUUGGAACCACAUCAAGGAUCAUCAUACAAUCCUCCUGCCGCUGCACACGAUGAACUUAUUAUGGAGGCAUGCAAGGUAGAGCGACGUAGACAAGAAGAGGCGGAUCGAUUAGCCGAGAUUCGACGCAAGGUUGCCGAUGCACGCGCACUUGUUACAAAUGUCACGGAAGGCCUUCCACUUGGAAUGACGCUGGACGAGAUACCCCUAGACGACGGCGAACCAGUCGUACAGGAAGAUGCAAUUGUACCCAAGAAACCAUCAGCACGUAAAACUAAACAGCAACGAGCCAAAGCGGUGCGAUUGCGCGAGGAGAAACAAGCAUUGGCAGAGAAAGCGGCAAGAAAAAAGAUGCUUGCCACGAUAUUCUUGGUCAAAUCUCUCCGCUCAACUGUGGAGAAAGUUAGCCAACAGCAAAAUCAAGCGCGAUUGGCAAGACAGCUGGCGCUGAAGAUGAAGCUCAGAAAGGGCUUAGCUGGCCAACGGCUAGGAAAAUAUAAAGUUCCUGAAAAUGAAAUCGAGGUUCAGAUUGGGGAGGAUCUGAGCGAAAACCUCCGAACCCUGAAGCCCGAAGGCAACUUAUUCCGUGAUCGUUUCCGAAGCAUGCAACAACGAGCCCUUAUUGAGCCUCGCGUACCUGUCCUCCCGACCAGGAGAGCGAAGCUGAAGGAAUUUGAGAAGCACGCCUGGAAAAGAUUUGAGUAG